AUGGACACCAUCCCAGGCACCUGGAAUGCAUCCUUUGGGGGACCAGGAUCCCUGUCCGGGCCCUGGUACAGCACACACAAGACUCAGCUGUUUGGAGUUUUACUUGCUGCUGCUUCAAAUUUUCUCAUCAGUGUCUCUUUGAAUAUACAGAAAUGCGCUCACCUCCGGCUGGCUUGCCGAGCAGAGCCGAAGCCAUGCUACAGGAGCAAGCUGUGGUGCUGUGGCAUUGCCCUCCUGGGGCUGGCAGAGCUGGGCACUUUCACUGCCUAUGCCCUUGCCCCCAUCGCUCUGGUGGCUCCACUGGGAUCUGUUUCUGUCAUAGGUAGUGCAUUUAUUUCUGUCUUUUUCCUAAAGAAGACCAUGAGGACUGCUGAUAUAUUGGGAGGAACGCUGACAAUAACAGGGAUAUUCUUGUUGGUCACAUUUGCUCCAAACGUACCUCAAGAGCUCACAGCAAGACAAGUGCGGAAUUACUUAGUGAGCUGGCCUUUUUUGGUAUAUUCAAUUUUAGAAAUUCUAAUAUUCUGCAUUCUCCUCUAUUUUUACAAAAGAAAGGCUGUGAAACACAUCAUGGUUUUGUUAAUGAUGGUAGCUCUACUGGCAUCCCUGACUGUCAUUGCUGUUAAGGCUGUGUCCAGCAUGAUAGCACUUUCUGUGAAGGGGAAAAUGCAGCUAACUUACUCCAUUUUCUAUAUCAUGAGUGUUUUAAUGGCAACUUCUUGUGCUUUCCAAAUCAAGUUCUUGAAUCAAGCAAUGCAUCUGUACAAAGCAACAGCAGUUGUCCCCAUUAAUUUUGUGUUCUUCACCAGCAGUGCCAUCAUUUCAGGGGUCAUAUUUUAUCGGGAAUUCCAAAGUGCAGCUUUACUGAGCGUGUUCAUGUUUCUCUUCGGAUGUCUCCUGUCUUUCCUUGGUGUGAUUAUAAUUGCAAGAAAUAAAAAAGAGGAGCAUUUACAAAUCCCUUUUAUUGACUGUGGACAUAUUCCUGGAGAAAAUCUGACAGGCAAAAUACAACCAGAUCCUCACUGUUCAUGCUAUGGCACGCUGAAUAAGGAAGAUGACUUGGUGAAAAGGCAAAGCUGAAAGAAGAAAGCACUUUACAUGCCAUUUAACAGGAGGAACACCACUGGAACAAGGAUCAGUAGCACCUUUUUAUUGAACAUAUUCACGUAUACAUUGAACUCCUGUAUGUUGAUGAGUCAUAGUAUUAUUUGAUCCUAAUUAAUUUAUCCCAUGAUUGUACCAAAUGUGUCCUAAAGAUAAAGGAAGCCUUAACAAAAACCAA